CUGCAUAUCGCUGUAAAUACAUUGGGCAAGCAUUACAAAACACUGAACCCACAUAACAACCGCGGCUGAAGGCGACUUUUGGCGAAGAUUCAAGACCAGAGCGGAAUAUUUCAGAAACCUCACAUUUGUUAUACCAAUGUACUAAGGGUUAAAGGAAGAAGGAGGAAUCACAUUAAUUAUACCAGCUAACAGAGUGAGUACUAACUGUGUAUAUAUUUUUUUUCUCUACAACAUAGAGUGGAAGAUUUAGUUUUAUAUGCCGGCGACAAAACAUCCGUUUUUGUGGCAUUGCCUGGGUGGUAACCUCGAAGUGGAGUUAUUUUCAUCUUGAAGUAUGAUUAACUUCACGUGUUAUAAUGCAACACAACUCAGCCCAUACUGCUGCAAACCAUUUCAAAGCGACACGAACGCAAUCAAAGGGGUUAAAAUUCUAUUUUAUUGUAUCCUUUUGUUGAUGUCAAUUAUUGGAAACUCGAUGCUCGUUGCCAUAAUCAAGAUGAAUAAACGAAUGCAGACCAUUACGAGUUAUCUUAUUGCCAAUGUGGCUGUCUCAGACAUUGUUAUAACAGUACUGGUAGUUCCACGACAGAUAACAGAAAUAUUGCUUGGCCCUCGAUCAUGGUUGGUGAAGGGAUUGUUGGGCUCCAUUCUUUGUAAAAGCGUUUCCUUUUUACAAGACAUCACAACUGCUGUCUCAGUUAUCAGUCUCGUGGUCAUUACCAUUGACAGGUACAGAGGAAUCGUGUUUCCCUUCCAGAAACAAUUUAUGAGUCCCGCUAAACUCUGUAAAAUCGUUAUACCAUUUAUAUGGAUUGUAGCGAUGUCUUUUCACGCAGUGUACUUCAAUAUUUUUCGUAUUGUAACAAACAAAGGAGAAACAAUCUGCGCGCCAUACUGGAGUCCAAAGUCUCAGCAAACGAAUUUUAUUAUAAUAUUUGUGUGUUUGGUAGCUUUUCCAGCGUGCGUGAUUACAUUUCUGUAUUUGCGUAUUAUUCACAAUCUUAAAAAGAACGGAACUAUUCAGUGCAGAGGACCUUUGGGUUUGAAAAGACUAAAAGAAGACACAAAGGUCGUGAGGAAUAUCAUUGUAGUACUUAUUGUUUUCAUGGCAUGCAUGAUUCCAAUCAAUACAUAUGGAGUUAUGUUUUACUUCGUGUGGGAGUGGAAAAUGCCCUGCGGGAUGGAAAACUUUGGUUUUGCAGCCCUCUAUAUUCUGUAUGCAAAUGCUUCUUUGAAUCCGUGGAUAUACCUUUCUUUGAACGAUAAAUAUCGCAGGUGUUUCGUGAACAUUUUAAAGAAACUUCACAUCGUCGAGAAAAGGGCGGAGACUACGAGAAGAUCAUCACAAGCAACCGCAUUAGAAAAGUUAAAUGUGCGAUCAUCCGCCCGCAUCACAGGUAAUUAGCUUUCUUCUGGGUUCUUAUAGGCUACUCUUGCUAAUUUUAUGCAGAAUCUCUACCGGUGGUCAACCAAACAAAUGUCAAAAUGCUUUCAAUGAAUAAGUAGACUUUUAUGUUCGGAGCAUAAUGCAUAAAAUGUAUAUUGAGUCAUCUGUCAUAUCUGCCAUCUCUAAGCAUUAGUGCUUAACUAUAGAUGCGUGCACGUAUACUAUUAUUACCUUUUUCACACGUUAGCAUUUUCUCUUCAUAUCAAUCUAAGGGUAAUUUUCGAGAGCUGACCGGAGUGGAUGUAUUCAACUAACUUUGAACCAUGUAACAGAAAAAAGAGUGCAUCUUUAAAUCAUUACACACGUUAUUUAACAAAAAGCUAGUUAUUGUAGUGUCGUCGUUGCUUUUCGCGUCACCAAGAUAUUUUUUCGUAACGGAUUAAUUACGAGUGUAAUAAAUAUACUAGCAGUGCUUCCUGAGUCAAAUCCGGUAAGAAAUUAAAUGAGGUACAGAGUUAAAAAAAUAAACGAUGUAAGGUGUUUCUUUUUAAUCCAAUUGUAAUGUGGUAUCUAUUGCUGCAAAAUAUAUCAGGGCUUCACAUUUUCUGGACCUAUUGGUUAUGGACAGCCUUGUUGUACUUUUCUUUUUUUUUUUUUAACUAAGAACGGGUCUUAAUGAAAAAAGGUGUUCAGUGAAGGGAAUUGCAUUUUUGUCUUUUCAAUACAUUAAAUAGUGAAUAGUGCUAGCUACUUUGCGGAAGACUCCGAUUGCUAGCAACGGUUUUUUUUCCCUUGAAGAAGUUUAUCAAUGAAAGUGUAAAUAAUAUAGGAAAAUAAUAAUAAAGGAAAAACACACCUUUGUGAAUUCACAUGAGCUCCAGUAAUACUGCUUGG